AUGCUCGUGCUUUUUGAGACCGCUGCGGGUUAUGCGGUCUUCAAGGUUCACGAUGAGGCGGGCGCUCGGGAGGUGUCGGACCUGUCAAAGGCGUUUGAGGACACAACUGCGAUGAGCCAAUUAGUCCAGCUGGAAAAAUUCGUCCAGUUUAAAGAUACCAGGGAUGCCCUAGCUGCCGUCACGGACGUUGUCGAAGGCCGGAUUUCCAAGAAGCUGAAGAAGCUACUAAAGAAGUUAUACGUCAAGGAACUUCGUGAUGACGUGCUUGCAGUUGCCGACAAGAAGCUGUCUAUGGACAUUUCGUCUAAAAUGAACAUCUCGACUAUUUCAGACUCGUCAGUUCAGAAUUUGAUGCGGGCUAUCCGUUGUCACCUGAGUUCGUUGUUGCCAGUGGUGGACGAUGGACACCUGACACGUAUGCGGUUGGGCCUUGCGCACAGUCUUGACCGCUACAAACUAAAGUGCAACCCAGACAAAAUCGAUACGAUGAUCGUACAGGCCGUUGGUCUUUUGGAUGAGCUGGACAAGGAAAUAAACAAUUAUAUCAUGCGUACGAAGGAGAUGUACGGGUGGCAUUUCCCGGAACUCUCGAAAAUUGUAACCGAUAACGUGGCCUAUGUCAAGGUAGUGAAACGAAUAGGUCAUAGGGAGAAUGCAACAACUAUUGAUCUCAGUGACCUUGUACCUGAUGACGUGUGCGCCCAAAUUCGCGAGGCAUCCAUUGUUUCUCUGGGCACCGAAGUGGUUGACGCAGACAUCGAGAUGAUAAACGGUAUGUGCGAUCAGGUCUUGGAGGUCGCUGAAUCUCGCACGAACUUACAGGACUACGUCAUGAAGCGUAUGAUCGCUGUGGCACCCAACCUUACUGCACUUGUGGGGGAACUCCUGGGGGCACGACUGAUUGCUCGUGCAGGGACCCUGGUGAAUCUUGCCAAACAUCCUUCAUCAACAGUCCAAAUACUCGGUGCCGAGAAAGCAUUGUUCCGCGCUCUAAAGAGUCAGCAUAACACGCCGAAGUACGGGAUACUUUACCACGCGUCUUUGAUAAACCAAGCAGAACCUAAGUUAAAAGGGAAAAUGUCUAGGAUGCUGGCGGCUAAAGCAUCCCUGUCCGCCAGGUUAGACGCACUUGGGGAGGAGGGUGCGGAUACGGAGCUGGGUAUCCGGUCACGGGCCUAUCUUGAAAAUAGAUUGCGGCAGUUGGAGGAAGGCACUUUCAACCCACGAAUUUCCGGCGUUAAACGCAAAUGGGAAGGAGUCUCAAAUCACGUCACUCCCAAGUCUGAACAAAAGGGGGAGCGGAAAGGAUUCAAGCCGAAAAGACUCAAAACUGAGCAAUCUUGA